UGUGGCGGGAGCUGAGAUCCGGGGCGGGGCCUCCUGCCCCUAGCCGGCCUGUGGGGAAGCGGAGCGGGGCUACCUCGGCCGCUGGAGCCGCUGUUGGCAGCUCUCUGAGUUUGGUUCUGUUGGUGGCUGUGGCUUGUGCCCGCUUUUAGCUGCUCUCCUCGCCUCGUUUCUUUUGCGGCUCCGGCCUGGGCAGCGCUCAAAGCACUCGGCGUUGCCACUGGCGCAGCCGCCUGACCUGCAGGCCGGUUUGGGCCGCGGAGCCCAUGAGAGCGCGGGCCCCGCCGCCGCAUUUGCGGCGUAGCUGUAGCCCCGUAACCCCCCCAGCCGGCGCGGGCAUGGCAGCGGCAUGAACGCGGAAUCUCCACUGGAGAGGGAGGAGAAGGCGGCGUCGGAGCCCGAGGCGGGAGCCAUGCUGGAGAAGCGCGCGGGCGCGCGGGCCGCGAGCGGCAGCUCGCUACAAGGCUUUGGCCGACCAAGUGUACACCAUGCUGCUAUUGUCAUCUUCCUUGAAUUCUUUGCAUGGGGCCUAUUGACAACUCCAGUGUUAACUCUACAAGGCUUUGGCCGACCAAGUGUACACCAUGCUGCUAUUGUCAUCUUCCUUGAAUUCUUUGCAUGGGGCCUAUUGACAACUCCAGUGUUAACUCUACAAGGCUUUGGCCGACCAAGUGUACACCAUGCUGCUAUUGUCAUCUUCCUUGAAUUCUUUGCAUGGGGCCUAUUGACAACUCCAAUGUUAACUGUUCUACAUGAAACAUUUCCUCAACACACAUUCCUCAUGAAUGGUCUCAUUCAAGGUGUAAAGGGCCUGCUCUCUUUUCUGAGUGCCCCACUCAUAGGUGCGCUGUCUGAUGUGUGGGGAAGGAAGCCCUUUCUCCUCGGCACCGUCUUCUUCACCUGCUUUCCAAUUCCACUGAUGAGGAUCAGUCCAUGGUGGUAUUUUGCAAUGAUUUCCAUGUCUGGAGUCUUCUCAGUCACGUUCUCUGUGAUAUUUGCCUAUGUAGCUGAUGUUACUCAGGAGCAUGAGCGAAGUACUGCUUAUGGAUGGGUCUCAGCCACAUUUGCAGCCAGUCUGGUCAGCAGCCCAGCCAUUGGAGCAUACCUGUCCGCCAGUUAUGGAGACAGCCUUGUUGUGCUGGUGGCCACAGUGGUGGCUCUUCUGGACAUCUGCUUCAUCUUAUUGGCUGUUCCAGAAUCUUUGCCAGAGAAAAUGAGACCUCUUUCCUGGGGAGCUCAGAUUUCUUGGAAACAAGCAGACCCUUUUGCGUCACUGAAGAAAGUUGGAAAAGAUUCUACCGUCUUACUAAUCUGCAUCACCGUUUUUCUUUCAUACCUUCCUGAGGCUGGACAGUAUUCAAGUUUUUUCCUUUAUCUCAGGCAGGUCAUAGGUUUUGGAUCUGUUAAAAUUGCAGCAUUCAUAGCUAUGGUAGGAAUUCUGUCUAUUGUGGCUCAGACGGUCUUUCUUACCAUCUUGAUGAGAUCAUUAGGGAAUAAGAACACCGUUCUCCUUGGUUUGGGUUUUCAGAUGUUCCAGUUAGCCUGGUAUGGUUUUGGAUCUCAGGCAUGGAUGAUGUGGGCAGCAGGGACCGUGGCUGCCAUGUCCAGCAUCACAUUUCCAGCAGUCAGUGCCCUCGUCUCUCGGAAUGCAGAGUCAGAUCAGCAAGGAGUUGCCCAGGGUAUCAUAACUGGAAUAAGAGGACUGUGUAAUGGCCUGGGGCCAGCCCUGUAUGGCUUCAUAUUCUACAUGUUCCACGUGGAACUGACUGAGUUGGAACUGGAAUUGAAUUCUAACAAUGCUGCCCUGCAGGGAGCUGUCAUCCCAGGCCCACCGUUUUUAUUUGGGGCAUGUAUAGUUCUUAUGUCUUUUCUGGUUGCCUUAUUCAUCCCUGAAUACAGUAAAGGCAGUGGAAUUCAAAAACAUAGCAACAGCAUCAGCGGCAGCCUGACCGACCCUCCAGAACGAGGCAGUGAUGAAGACAUUGAGCCGCUACUGCAGGACAGCAGCAUCUGGGAGCUCUCUUCCUUCGAGGAGCCUGGGAAUCAGUGCACUGAGCUAUAAGCCCUGCAGAAACGAGAAUCCCGUAGACUCCAUCUCGGAGAGCCAUGGGGGAGCCACACCACCCUGGAGACUUCCUGGUGCUGGAGGGGAGACACUAGUGGCAUCCUUCAGGGCCGAGUUUGAGAAGUAACCGCCUCCAUCCCUCAUCUCCCUCCCCUUCCUCCUCCUGUUCCUUUUCUACCAUUCUUUUUCUUUCUGUUUAUAUGUUAGAACAAGUUAAGGUUUGAAAUACUUUUCUGCAAAUAAUAUGCAACUCUCAAAGUUAUCUGGAGUCCACACUUUGAAACUCAGAAAAAGUCAUCUCUGGUAGAAAGGAUGACUUUCCUUUAAUAACUCCAGAGUAAGAGUGACCAUGUCCUUUUCGGUAGAAGGCGCAGGAUUAUAGUACAACUGCCUUCUCUGGCAAAAUUUGAGAUAAAGAAUCCCAUAUUUUCUUCCCUCCUGUUUCUCUGAACUGUGCCCGUUUAGCCCAUAGGUGUUUAUGAGUGGCCGCUCCAAGGGUCACUCAGUAUCAGGGAUCUAUCGCCUUUGUUCAAAGGUCAAGCAAAUAACUAGUCUUACUCUCCUUUCCUUCUCUGUACUUCCUAUUCUUGGCUAGAAUGAAAUUCAGCAUAUACACCUCUGGGCAGUAAUAAUAGUGAUUAGUGAUAACCUUUACCAGAUGAAGGAAAAUUUUUUAAUAAAUUUAAAUCAUGAAGAACUAGCAAUGCAGAUUCCUAGACCUAAUGUUUUGGUUAGAUCCAAGGUGAUUUUACAGAAGAAAAACAUACAUCAGCCAUUCUGGUGGCAACAUAGAAAUUGGAGGGUGCUUGUAAGAAAGUUUUCAACAAUGUAAACAUUCCUAAGUGAGAAUGAGAGUUAGUAACUGGAUACCAGUGGAGUUUAUAUCCAAGUUUAGACUCACGUAAUGCAUUCUUACUAUAUUUGCUCCCACCCACAUCUCCUGUGUCUUACUUUCCAGUGUUUCUCAUUCAUCACACACCUGCCUUAACUGCUCUAUGUAAGCAUUUGUUUUCAGUCAGUCUUUAUUUUCACCUAUCUGUCUGCCAUUUGAAUCUCAUGGGAAUAUGCACAGCAAAUUCCUUUCUAAAAUAUGAUGGUUUAAGAAGCUCAGUUUCACAAUAAGUGUCUUGCUAAUUUUUUGAGAUGUUUUAUGGACAAAGAAAACUUUACAGAUUAUAUGUAUUUUCCUGCACCAGUAAGUGGACCAUUAACUAGGGCCCAUCUUUAACAUAGCACUCCUUUGAAAGUUUUAUAGGUAUGAAAUAUAUGUAGAUAUUCAUAAGGAGUUUUAAUUUUUUUUUGAUGGGGUGCUAUAUAAAUCUUGUAUUUAUAAAUGUAAUGAAGGUAUUGACAGGAAAAAAAUAUAUACAACUUUUAUAAAGGAUUGUGUACUGACUGAAUACAUUUAAAAGAAAAUAUAUUUUGAAACCUGUUCUGCUGUGAACAAAGAUAACAUAUCUUUUUACUAUGCUGUUGGUUUUUAAGUUAAGCUUCCUAAUGCAUAAUAAAUUUGCAAUGGACA